AGAGAAGAAAUCAUACAUGAAGUCGAAAAGACUGAGAGAAACCAAUUAGUCAUAGGCAAGCUCAUGAACACAACCUAUGCCCUUCGUCGCCAAGAAAUCGUUGCAGCUGUUGUAGCUCCACGGGUGAGAGACGUCAUGGACAGAUGGCCAGCCCUACUUAUGGAGUCACAGGUGUUUACAGAGUUCCACCGAAUCAACAAUGUUAACCUGUGCAAUCAAUUCUACAAGGAGCUGGACAGACACAAGCCUAAACUCAUCACCUUGUUCAGAGACAAGGCCACCAAGACUGGCAAGACAGCGGAGGAGCUAGCCAAGCUCAUGAGGAUUUAUGAUCUUCAGGAACAACGUGAUGUAAAUAUGAGACGGGCCCUCGUCCUUCGUGCACUUCCUGUGUACCUGCGUGAAGAUGCCUCCAAGUUCUUCAGGACCUGUAAUUCAGCAGAUGGUCCAGACCUCACUGACACUCCAGUGGCUCUCCUGACAGUCGUCACGGAUAACACUACUGAUGCGGCCCUCUUCAGCCCUGAGAGCAUCUGUAUUGUCGUGGAGGAUGAAAUGCUUGUGAGUGGUCCCACAAAUCUGGCUGACUCAUUUCUCCUGCUCUUUGGGUACGUCUAUGCACUAGACCUACAUUACCCAAAGAAUCUCGAGCUUACCUUUACAUUUAUACAAAAAGUUGUAAUGUGUCUUGAGGACAACAAACCACUGAAAGGGCGUCUACUGACGCUGAAGAAUGAUUUGUUCAAUGAGUGAAUCACUCAGAAUGGACUAUUUGUUGAGCUGAGUAUUGA